AUGAACCUGGAUUGUGCAUCGACCCACGCGGACUCACGCUGUGGAAUGAGAAUUGGCCUCCGCUGCUCCCCAGCGCAGCGUUUUAACUCUCGCAGGGAACAACCCAUCUUCAGCACUCGUGCUCAUGUCUUCCAGAUUGACCCAAACACCAAGAAGAACUGGGUUCCCACCAGCAAGCAUGCAGUUACAGUGUCCUACUUCUACGACAGCACAAGAAAUGUGUAUAGAAUAAUCAGUUUAGAUGGCUCAAAGGCAAUAAUUAAUAGCACCAUCACCCCAAACAUGACAUUUACUAAAACAUCUCAGAAGUUUGGCCAGUGGGCAGACAGCAGGGCAAACACUGUUUAUGGUUUGGGAUUCUCUUCUGAGCACCAUCUUACAAAAUUUGCAGAAAAGUUUCAGGAAUUCAAAGAAGCUGCUCGACUAGCAAAGGAGAAAUCCCAGGAGAAGAUGGAGCUCACAAGUACGCCUUCCCAGGAAUCAGCAGGAGGGGAUCUUCAGUCUCCUUUAACACCAGAAAGUAUUAAUGGGACAGAUGAUGAAAGAACUCAUGAAGUGACACAAAACUCAGAGCCAAGGGCUGAACCAACCCAGAAUGCAUUGCCAUUUUCACAUAGCUCAGCAAUCAGCAAACACUGGGAAGCUGAACUGGCCACACUCAAAGGUAACAAUGCCAAGCUCACAGCGGCACUGUUGGAGUCCACUGCCAAUGUCAAACAAUGGAAACAGCAACUUGCUGCCUAUCAGGAGGAAGCCGAGCGCCUACACAAGCGGGUGACGGAACUGGAGUGUGUGAGCAGCCAAGCAAAUGCAGUCCAUACCCACAAGGCUGAGUUAAAUCAAACCAUCCAGGAACUAGAGGAAACGCUGAAGAAGAAGGAGGAGGAAAUAGAAAAAUUGAAACAAGAGGUUGAUAAUGCCAGAGAGCUACAGGAACAGAGGGACUCAUUGACUCAGAAACUACAGGAAGUAGAAAUUCGAAACAAAGACCUGGAAGGACAACUCUCUGAUCUAGAGCAGCGCCUGGAGAAAAGUCAGAAUGAGCAAGAAGCUUUUCGCAAUAAUUUGAAGACACUUUUAGAAAUUCUUGAUGGGAAAAUAUUCGAACUAACAGAAUUACGAGAUAACCUGGCCAAGCUCCUAGAGUGCAGCUAA